AUGUCUAUCCUCAAUAUAAUUUUCAUUUUUGCCCUUUUACUCAUUCCAAAAAGCGCUGAUACAUGCUCCGUUUCUAUUACUAAAAAUAUUUUAGAAUCGAGUAAGGGUAGCAGCAAUGUCCAACUCGUAAUCACAAACAAGGGGAAUACAUCAAUUUGCUCUGUGAAGUUCUUUUUGUCGUUGCCUAGUGGGUCGGCCACAGAAAGCAACAGAAACAUGCGCAGUGUUGGCAACAACCACUACAGAACCCCUGAAAAUGUUCGCAUCGAACCUGGGGCUUCUUACAAAGAGGCUGGCCUAGUCAUUAGAGGAAGUGGAAUGCCAAAAAUUUGUGUUCUCAAGUUCAGAAGGUGUGACCGUAAAAAAGUGGAUACUACUACCAUUGUGAAAUCUACUACAACACCCUCAUCUCGUAAUAAUUCAACUAUAAAAUCCACGAAAAAUAAAAAUAAUCAAGUCACCACCGCCGCUAUAAAAUCAAGCAAAAUUCCAUCUGGAACAACUAAAUCACCCCCAUCAAACAAUAAUUCAACUAUAAAAUCCACAAAACAACCCAAUAAUCAAAUCACCACCACCAUCACACCAAAAUCCUCUAUAGUUCCAUCAGAAACAACCACAACACAAUCCACAUCAGGAGACUCCCUUGUUGUACCCCAAGUUAUCACAACUAAAGACACUUGUCUUUCGCUGUCUAAUGCUUCAGGAAUAAUUGACUCGGAAUUGAAUUCGCCUAUAGAGGAUGGAAUAUUUACUUUUUAUGGUGCUGGGGGUCGUGGAGCUUGUGGGAUCGAUUCGGAUCAGGUCUGCAGUUAUUGGAGUAUUAUUGAGGAAUAUUGGGCUAUUAUUGAGGAAAGAUAA